AUGGAGGAGCUAUCCGGCUGUUGGCGCGAAGCCGCCCGCGCCGACGCCGUCGCAAUCGAACUCCUCAAAAUCCGCACCCAUCUAACCUCCUCCUCCGUCGCACUUUUCUCCCCCUCCUCCUCUCAUCCCCAUUCCCCCUCACUAUCCGAUUCCCACCUCAAUUCCCCCGACAUCGGCGACAAUGAAAUCAUCACUGCGAUUCUCCGACACGUCGAACAAACGUCGCGGCUCCUCCGCGACUUGCACGAUCUCUUCCCGAUCUUUCGAUUGCGCGUUCCCGUCGUGAUUUAUUAUUUGACCGUCAUCCUACCGUGUUUGCAAAAGACGCUCCGGGAUAUGCUGGCGUUUCUGCUGUGUGAUGAUUGGUCCGUCAGAAUGAAAUGGAUGUUGAUGCAUGAACGCUUGAAUGAACAGGGGGGGAUGACGCUGGCGUUGCGGUUUGUGAUGUAUGUGGAUUUUUUGGUGCAGUGUGUGAGAUUGCUGAGUAGAUCACCAACUUACGAUCCCACGACGCUGGAAUUGCUGCGCUUGAGAAUUUUAAGGCUGAGGGCUUUGAGGGGGAUUCCUGCACCGCCAAUCCCGAUACAACCACAUCUCGCUCCCGCACAACCGAAUCUGAUGGAAAUUGAGCGACGGCACUGGGCGGAAAAGAUCUUUGAUGAUCAUGCGCAACCGCUUUCGCAGGCACUUUUGAAACAUAGACGAGAAUCGAGGUGUUUUGGUCCAUCGAUGAAUCUUAUGAAGUUGGGUAUCCCUCCGCAGUCAAAAGUUCUAUUCAAAUUACCCUUUGACAAAAAUCAUCUCUCCGUAACACUCUAUCUCGACGAUACAGCACUUCAUCAAUCUCCCUAUUUACUCUGUCGCUGGAUGGAUAAACAAAAUAAUCCUCAUUAUUCUUCUUUUGGGGUUCAUGAGCUAUGUGUUCGGAGACAUGGAAGUGCGUUGUGUUUUAAGAGAUGGAGUGAGUAUAAAGAACAUCCGACUAUUUGGAUGGCUUUAUUUUUCAAGACUUGGCAACGAAUGGUGCUCUUUCACUGCUCAUUCGUAGCACUGAAAGCGCGUUCCCAACUCACAAAUCUGAUACCAAGAGAUGAUUAUAUCAUUGCCGGAGAGGUAAAGAUUUUCCAAGGACAAAUAGUAGACGAUGGAUUUCACCACUCUCUCUUCGUCUACGAAAAUCAACACACCCAUACCCUACGACUUCACGCCGCAGUCGCAAAUGGAGAAUUGAGAAAAUGUCCUGUCUGGACUGCUUUUAUAACCGACCUCCAAGUCACAUCCGAUACCUGGCUCGCCCGACAUUCGCGUCAUCGCGUUUGGGUCAAAGAUUUACAUCUCUAUGUUUUCUGCGACGAGUAUUCGAGACGCGCGCAGGUGAAGAAACAUGGGGAGUUUGAAUUGAAUUUUGUGCAUGGAGCUGCAGCAGAUGCAUUCAUAAACGUAUUCUACCCCCUAGAUUCCGAUUCGGAAUCCGAGUGCGCGAUUGAAGAUAAGAAGAAGAAGAAGAAGAAGAAGAAGAAGAAGAAGAAGAAGAAGAAGAAGAAGAAGAAGAAGAAGAAGAAGAAGAAGAAGAAGAAGAAGAAGAAGAAGAAGAAGAAGAAGAAGAAGAAGAAGAAGAAGAAGAAGAAGAAGAAGAAGAAGAAGAAGAAGAAGAAGAAGAAGAAGAAGAAGGCAUAUGAAUCACAGGAUACCGAGUUCUUUUUUCAUAAAGUUGAAGAAUUUGAUAUGAUACUAUGA